AUGGCGUCUUCACAAAAUGAGAAGCAGGCUGUCAUGGGCAUGCCCCCAUUCGUCGUGGAUUUCCUGAUGGGUGGUGUCUCCGCCGCUGUCUCUAAGACCGCUGCCGCUCCCAUCGAGCGCGUCAAGCUUCUUAUCCAGAACCAGGAUGAGAUGUUGAAGGCCGGCCGUCUCAGCCACAAGUACGAGGGUAUCGCCGACUGCUUCAAACGCACCACCGCCGAUGAGGGUGUCGUCUCCCUCUGGCGUGGAAACACUGCCAACGUUCUCCGUUACUUCCCAACCCAGGCCCUCAACUUCGCUUUCCGCGACACCUUCAAGGCCAUGUUCGGUUACAAGAAGGAGCGUGAUGGAUACGCGUGGUGGAUGGCUGGUAACUUGGCCUCCGGUGGUCUUGCCGGUGCCACCUCCCUCCUGUUCGUCUACUCUCUCGACUACGCCCGUACUCGUCUUGCCAACGACGCCAAGUCCGCCAAGAAGGGUGGUGACGGCCAGCGCCAGUUCAACGGACUGUUGGAUGUCUACAAGAAGACCCUCGCCUCUGACGGUAUCAUGGGUCUCUACCGUGGUUUCGGUCCCUCUGUCGCCGGUAUCGUUGUCUACCGUGGUCUCUAUUUUGGAAUGUACGACUCCCUGAAGCCUGUCGUUCUCACCGGUAACCUCGAAGGCAACUUCCUUGCAUCUUUCCUCCUCGGAUGGACCGUCACCACUGGUGCCGGUAUCGCCUCGUACCCUCUUGAUACCGCCGUCAAGUACAAGUCCUCGUUCGAUGCCGCCAGCCAGAUCAUCGCCAAGGAGGGUGUCAAGUCUCUCUUCAAGGGUGCCGGUGCCAACAUCCUCCGUGGUGUUGCCGGUGCUGGUGUCUUGUCGCUUUACGACCAGAUGCAGCUCCUCAUGUUCGGAAAGAAGUUCAAAUAG